UCGUCGAACGGUUGUAAUUGCACCGAAGGUCUACAAUCACCGUUCGGGAUCGCUGGACUUGCGGUAUUGCGUUGCGUGUUAUCCUUCGCCAAGUGAAUUGCUUUUUGCUUGCUCGCGUGAAGCACUUAUCAUCAAAAUAGCUCGAAUUCCUUUGCGCCGUGACGUAGCCGGAACGCCUUCGUCAGUUUCGCUAAAGAUUGUAUUGAUAAAUGUAUUAUGUACAGACUUUUUACAAGAGUUGUUAUUGUUUGUUGUUGAGUAAAUGCAAUCAUAGUUCAGUCAAAUCGCGGAGGAGUAUUGUGCUGAUGUCAUAUUGCCAUAUAUCGUGUGAUUGGUGACGUUUGUUUUUAAAGUGCAGUAUGAUGCUAUAUUUGAUUUGAAGCAUAUUUUGGAACAGGUGGUGUAACAAAACAAGUUUAUUAUAGUAACCAAUCGAGAGAACAGAUAAAAAUCACAUUAAUGGCAACUCAAGCCAUACCGAAUUCCCAGCCGGGAAGAGGAACGACUGCAAACCCACAGCUUAAGCGUCUAGUGUACUCCAAGUACCGCGAACUGCUGGGGUCCUAUAAUGGCAAAGCGAAUGAAAUUCUGCAAUCGUACCCGGCGCACAUGGUGAAAGAAGACAAAGGAUUUAACUUUGUAGACAACUACGGAGGCCCACCACAAUCCACAAUCGGCAACUCGGCACGACGAAUACAAGCACAAUUACCUGCAGAACCACCGGCAUGUGUUCAAAAUGCCAUGAUGCGCCGGGACAAACAACCUUUCACAUACACACCCGGUGGUAUUGACCUAUCACAAAUUAAAUCACCCCGAAUGGCGAAACGAAUAUCAAGGAAUGCGCAAUCCGAGGGUGUUUCGGGUCAACCAAAAAUUUCUCCCUUAGCACAGAAUAACAACAAUAGUAGUAGUACGAGUAAUGCAAGUAAUCAGACAGCAGUAUCACCCGCCGCUACAUUAGGAGCUGCUGCUAUGGGUAUGCCUUUUCAAGUGUUUCCCAGUGAAGCACCUGCACCUCCACCGCCACCACCACCGCCAAGUAUGAACAAAAGGCCAAAUCAAGCCCAAACUAAUGGUAACGGUGGACCUGUGCCUCCUCCUCCACCACCGCCAACAGCACCAUCGACAGAGAACAAGACUCCGAGGUCACAAACAUUUGAACCUCCUCCAAUGGGAUGCAGGCCAGAGAUUAAAAUUCCACCGAAUCCGAUAGCUAAUUUACGGAAAGCUCCAAGACCCCAACCGAGGAAUGACUUCUGGAUCGAAGAGUAUCGCAAUGAAAAACUCAAUGAGAUGCCUGAUCGAGCUAGUCAAGUUCCAGCUUCAAAUUGCAGGGAAGCAGAUGAAGAAGUCGCUAAGAAUACUCAAAAUCGCACAGAUGAACUCAGUGUUAGGAACGAAUCACCUAAGAAACGAUCACCAAGCCCAUCCAAUCUAACUAAAUUGCUCGAAAACGGUUCACGGGGGUCAUCGAUAAAGACACCACCAGUCUAUAGUCAUAGCCCUGUUCCAGCCAGUCUCCCACCACCAAUCACACCAACUAAAGUGUUACAGCCUCCAUCAGAAACAUCAAACAAUUCUCCAGUAACUCCACCACAAGACAAUGAACUGUCUCCUGAACCACGUCAAGUCUCACCAUCAUCUACUCCAUUAUCUUCCACCCCUAAUGGCACUAACAAUGGAAACACAAAAAACACAAAAACUACAGGGGCUGCAAUUACAAAACCGCCAACAGCACAGAAACCAGCCCCACAACCUUUAGGUUCACUUUAUAUUCCUCCAGCUCAUGAAGUGUUUGCUAACAGCAAGCAAACUCUGCUCAAUCAAACAAGCCCACCAUGGAUGUCAUCACGACAAAACAGCCUUAAAGAACAGCCCGAAUGGGUUCACAAAGAUGAUCCAGAGCUCCUCAGCACAAAAUCACAAACUUACCCAUCUAAUCGUAACGAAUCUCCAACUAAAGUCUCGGAAACCAUUGCUACAGUUUCACCCAGUCCUGCCAAACCUACCUCAGUGUCCCAAGAACAACAACCUUCACAGUCAACUGAACCGACAAGCAGGCACCAAGCAAACGAGUAUCCAGCAGUUUCACAAACACAUUACAUACAACUGCAAAACCCAGCAACAAAAAUAGCUACGGUCGUACAACAGGUCCCACCAGCCACUAUGCCGGCUAAUCGGAGUUAUCCACAAACCCCCGUAUACGUUCAAAACCAGAUGUACUCUCCUCAGCUGGCAACAUCCCAAAAGGAACGCAUCAUACCGAUCCAAAUCGAACAAUCGCCGAUAAAAAAUCCUGCGUCAGCGCCGAUAUUUGCACCGCCACCAUACUAUAGUCCGGGACAGCAAUAUAACGUACAGUCACCGAUUACAGUGGGCUAUGCAAUGCCGCACAGUGGAUAUACAACACCAACGGCAAUGUUCUCGAACCCGAACCACUUUGUGAACCAAGGCUACAACAACAUAACAUAUCCACCACCAUCGCCGCAACAUCAACUAUACCAACAACCUUACCAGCAUCAACCGCCUACACCUCAGCAACAACAACACAUGAUACAACAACAGCAACGAAUGCAGCAACAAACGCCAACACAACAACAGGGAGGUGUUCGCAUCAUACCAAUUAGUGUUGAAAGCACAGAUAACGGAGCUGGCUCAACAACCGUUCGAGGACCACUCUCUCACACUCCAGCGAUCAUCCAGAGUGAUCCACGAAGCAGCAACAACUCCCAAUCUUGGAAUGGUAACGCUAUACCCAAUCAGUCUCGUUCCUUCAGGGUGCUACAACAAAUAACUGACACGAUGCAGGAUGCCGAUACUCAGUCGAAACCAUCGACUCCAGGCGCGGAGCAGCAACAGCAACGGCAACCUGGUAGUGUCGAAACACCGGACAGUCAACUCCGACGGAUGCAGUUGAGCAACGAGGAUAAAGCUAUGCUGAAUCGAGUCAAAAGCCAAGUUGAUGGAGAAACGUACCUCCACAACGAAGAAGAUCCCCGUUAUCGGGGAGCCGCCAUACCUUCGAAAGCGUUUCGAUAUCUCCAAAAUAUAACAGAUGGAGGUCAACCACCGAACUCCAGCAGUUCUGGCCCAGUGAGCCGCACGAAUCAAAUGUUUGUGCAAAAUCGUGGUAACUUCAGUGAAUCUGAGGAUGAGACGGCCCAGCAGUACAUACCUCCAAGCGAGCAAAAAGUGGAGGAACCCAAAAAAUAUACCGGAAGUGCUAUUCCAAGCCGAUCAUUCAAAAUAUUACAAGCAAUGACUCAAUCGGACGCUCCUGCCGAUACAAAUUCCUCUGACACUGAAGGUAACCAAAAUUUACCAUGCAGCGGCGAAAUCCGAUAUUCACCCUACCCUUAUCCACCGCAGCCAUAUUACUGUUGCAAUCCCAAUUGGCAUUUUUAUGAUCCUAACAAUCCUCAAUACUAUCCCCAUCCUCCUCUACCACCACCUCCACCCAUUCACGCACCCGGUUAUUAUUAUCCGCCUCCAUCGCCGCACAGUCACUACGAUCGCGGCGCCUAUUACGCUGGCUAUAUAUCACCACAUCAUUUCUAUUAUUCUCAAGAACCAUGCUCACCCUGUACGCCCCCGCCAUAUUAUCAGAUAGGGCAACCACAAUUCGCUUACUGCGAAAACGUCGUGCCGGACUCGCCGACUCAUACCUAUGUUAUCACGACACCGCCGCCGCGUAUCAUGGUUACCCCAACUCCUGAAGACUCGUCCGACGUUGAAUCGAUUCUUAGUGAUUUGAACAACAGGCCGCAUCCUCUGUCCCGCUCACAAAGCAGUCUUAAACGCCUAUCGGAACGUUUGGCUAACUUUAGCAACUCGCCGGAAAUUUUGGGACCUACGGACCAAGACUCAUCAAUACGUUGUUCACCCAGCAGUCCGUUGAAUGAAAGAUACCGUACGUUUGAGGAAAGUACCUCCUCUACACCUUCUCCUCAGUCUAUCUGUUCUGAUACGCAAGAGAGAACUAGCAAAAAAUCAGAUAACGCCGUCAAUACUGAUAGCGUUAUGGGUGAAGACGCUCACACAACAAAAUCCGUUGAAUUUGACGAAGAAGAUAGCAGUGAGGAAAGUGAGGAUGAAGAAACAGUAGGCUACGACAACAAUCCACCCGAGCAUCUGCCCCAUCAACUGAGUGUGAUAUUCGAGGAAGAAAGCAAUUAUUCGAGUUCAGCUAAUCCCAGUCGUAGAGCAAGCAUUUGCAGUGAUAGUUCAACACUAAGCGAUUGUUCAUCUACACUCGCAAAUGAUCUGGACGCUGCAGACGAUCUUGACCAACGGAUAGAGGCCGGUGAUGGUAACCAAACGGAUGAAGACAUAGAUCACUUAGAAGAUGUUGAGUAUGGUUCGGACGAACGCUCACGUGUCAAACUGGAAACAGAGCAGAUUAAAGUACAAGAUACAAAAGACAACACGACCGAGCAGGACAGUUCAGAUGAAAGCAGUGAAUCAGGCACUGAAGAAGAUAGUACGGAAGAAGAGGAAGAGGAAUCAAAUGGUCAUGAAACGGCAAGACCCAUCAGCAAUGUAGAAUCAUCAAUGAUAAACAAAACUGUGGACAACGGUAAGGAAGAGGUGGCAGAAGAUGAAGAAGCUAUAAGUCAAUCUGAAGAAAGUGAAGAAGAAACAGAUGACAAGGAAAAAAAUGAUCAAUCUAUGAAAGUAAUGCCAAUGGUUGAAACUGUUGAAAAUGGAACUCAUACUGACGUAACGGUUACUAUUACCAUACCGUCAUCAAGUAACAAAUCCAUAGAUAAAGAAAUUAAUAGGGAAGAGAAAGUAGUCAAGCGGAACUUCAUGGUUGAUUACGAGGAUGAUGCGAAUGUUUCAGUGUCUGUUUCAUUGCCGCUUAAACUAAAAUCAUCGACCAUAGAUGAUUCAAGCGGCACUGUGAAAGAAACCGAGGGAUGCGAGAAAACAGAAGAAACAAUCGAGAACGAAGCACAAAAAGAUGAUGACGAAGAGGUAGACUUUUGGAGCCAGAUUGGAGAGGAAGAUGAAUUUAAGCGACCUAGUAGGUCCUACUCAAGAGACUACUGGAGUAGCCGAGAGGUUAGCAUGGACCGUGAUGGAGACUGGAAUCAGGAAGAUGGUGAUGAUAAUAACAUAGAUGGUGAUACAGAUUUUUGGAACAACGAAAAUGGUCCCAAUGAACCAAUUGAUCUCUGGAAGGCUGAUCCAGCAGUUGAGACAUUACUAGAACGACAGAAGAAAAAUGAAAGAAAGGACUCAAUUGACUUCUGGCAGAGCGAAAACGAGAGAAUUGUUAACGAUUUGUAUAAAAAGCGAAAACACAGCAUCGAAACAGAUACUAACUGCAAAAUUAUGGAUGAGAAUAAUAAUUCUAGAAUCUGGGACAGACGCAGCCAGAUUUCAAAAGUGGAACACAGCGAAGACAGCCGAGAGGAUAGAAAUAAUGACAAGCCAGAGGCGGAUGAAGGCGAGACAAUGGAGCAAGUCGCUGAACGCGAGGAAACGGAUAGCUCAGAAGAAGAAAGCGACGAUGAUAGCGAAGAAUAUGAAACAACUAAUACUUCAAAGGAGGAAUCCGAUAUGGAUGCGAUUGAAUUACGGGCAGAACAAAAUCCUUCGGUACCAGCAAAAGAAAUAAAAACUCCUGAGAUUGUUCUUAAGAAAGUUCCAACGGUUGAUAAAGUUGAUCACAAAUGUAAUGGUAUUCUGGAUGUAAUAUCCACCAUUGCCAGAGCAGAUGAUAAAAAACUUUCGGUUCGAGACAGAAUUUCAAUAUUCGAAAACCAAACUACUAAUCCUGUACUGGAGGCACCAAAGCGGCAGGAAAUGCUUAAUUCAAGCAAUCGUUUAAGACCUUCAUCCGAACAGAAACAGUCUUGUGAUGAAUCCGAAGCAGAAGAUGAUUCUGGUGUCACAUCUGACAUGAGCAAGCACAUAUCAGAAGUAGAAACUGAUUCAGAGUGCUUCCCUGAAAUGCGGAAAAUGACACGUUAUCAGCGAGCAGCGACACAUUCCAGGUUAUUCAAACUUUUGCAGGACGAAAGUAAUAACGGUGAUAGUGAAGACGAAGAAGAACAAAGAAUGCGUUCAGUUGAAUGCAUUGAGCUGCCUAACGGAAACAGUAGUACACAGGGCAUCGAAAGCCCUCUUCAUCCGAAGCUAAGUAAAUGCAAAGAAUCUUCGUUCGAAGAUAAUUCCAGUACAUCCAACACUGCCACCGAUCGAAGAGAUCGACUAUCACUGCCAAUCAGACACCAAUCCUCAUCUGGUAUCGACAGCCUGUCGUCUUCCACAUCAUCCGCAUCUCCUGUAUCAGGAGUAACCAAUGAUAAACUUGCCGAAGAACUAGUGUUAAGCUUGUUGAUGAAGAAAAAGGGUAGACUGUUUCGUAAUUUACCGUUGGAAAAGUUACACGCAGCUGCACUAAAGAUUCUUCAAGAAGAUCUUGAAUCGAAUGCCACAAUUAGUUCGAACGAGGAUAACCUCGCAACUGUGGACUCGACACCUGCUCUAACCCCACAGGAGUUUAAAUCUGAGUAUCAGAACUCUUAUUCCGAUUACUACGAUACAUGGAGCGAUGUAAAUGGCAAAGCGUCGCCGCAGGAUUCGGUGGGCUCCAUGGAAACACUGCCAUCGAAAGCAUUUCGAAACUUACAGGAACAUACCACAAACCGGAAAUCGUCCAACUGGUCCGUUCGAUGUCCACGCGUGUUUAGCAAUAAAAGUAUAUCGCGACUAGCGGAAGUUCGAGAAUCCGACUCUCCUGAACCUAGCACUACCUCGCGAUCCCGUCCGCCCUCACGUGCAUCCAUUCACUCGAUGCCACCCUGUUAGGACUGAUGGAAAAGCGCCUGCAGUAGUGAAUGCUAAAGUGCGAAACGUACAAUUCAGACUAAAAAUUUGGAAAAUGGGCAGCUAAGAUCCUGAAUUGUGGAUGCGAAAAGAUGAUAAUCUGCUCAGGUGGCAUACAUUUCCGCGACGAAUGUCUUUCGUAUUUUUUCCUGUAGUAAAAUUGUAUUGAAGCAUUGUACUUGAGCAUUUAGCGAAAUGUAUAUUUAUGAGAAAAUGUUCAGAUCACGAGGUAGCAGAAAGCAUUCAUAACAAAAGCAUAUCAUCAAGAUUUCAGAGAAGCAGGUCCUGGCGAAACUGACUUCUAACCGAGUAAGGAACAACACACACGGCUUCCACACCUUUGCACGGAUCCUGUAAACACGCACAUAUUAACGAAAUUGUUGUAGCAUUUUACUAGUUGUAUAAAGGGAAAAACAAGCAUUAGGUGUAUACUGCUAAAUAAGCUUACUGUUGGGACGAAACGAUGAAAAUUCACAAAAAUACAGUUUCUACUGGAAAUAGUCCUUUUUGAAGAUUUAUUAAUAUCCCAUAUCGUUUUCUAAUAAACAAAAAAAAGUUUGUGUGAGUGUGAGAUCUCAAAUGAAAAUGUUGUGAUUUCGAUUGUGGCCUUAAUCUGAAAUCUUGAUAAUAUUUGGCUCGACUUUUGUUGAAUGCUGAUCCAUACCUAUGCAAAAUAGCAAGAAUUGAUCUUAAAAUAAUCAAACAUAAAAUGGUAAAGCGAAAUGUGUCAAAUAUUUUACUUUUAAGAAAAACAUAAUGCUUAUUUUUCGUUUGUUUUAUUAAUAUACACUAUUUAUUUGCGCUGAUCCGAAUCUUUCUGUAACUGAAAUGUUAAAGGCAUAGAAUUUAUCGGACGCGAUUGCUCUAACAUGUGCAAGGAAUGAACAGCGCAGGACAUGUUAAAACAAUAGCCUGAACUGAAGUGUAUUGUUACUGAUAUGUCAAAUAAAACGUUAUCACACAGGA